CCGCGUUCAUUCUCCGGUGCUUCCUCUCGAGCGACAGCAGGCAUUUCUCCUCCCGGUGUCCCCGCAUCUCCGAUCCGUGCGCUGCCGCGAUUCGGUAACCUAGGUCACCGACCGACAUGGCGUCCGUGGGAAGUGGUCAGUCCGGUGUCUCGGUCACCAAGAUUACCAAAGCGAGAGGGAAAAUGGUGAAGCCGAUAUUGAAGAGGCUGUCGCACUCGGAGAAAAACUCGUUGGAUUUGGAUCGGGGUUGGGAUGAGCAGCAGAUUGAGCAGUUGGCGGCGGGCGGGUGGGACGGGGCGUUGGGCUAUGCAGGGCAGGCGAGAGACGUGAGUUUUGGCUUUGCAGGUGCCCCGGGAGCUGGAGAAGGUGAUGCUGUUGCGGCGAUGGGCGGGGGAAGUGCAAUCCGGUCGAACCUCAAGUUUCAACACGGUCGUUCCGGUUCCCAAACUUCGGGUGGAAGCGGCCCUCGCGCGGCCUUCGUGCAUCCAUUCGCCCAGACACCACGCACGUCCACGCCACCGCUGUCAUAUGCCAACUCUCUGGCCUCAUUCGACAAUGGGAGGGACUGCUCCCCCACUAUCACCGAGACCGAGGACGAUGUGGGCUUUGACACCAGCGCUACAGCAUUCAUAGCGCAUGCGCCUACGCACCCUCCUCCCGCUGGGACCUCGCAGGCAAAUCUUCAACGGCCAUCUUUGAAUAGCCAGCGGACCGCCUCAUUCCCAGAAACGCCCGCAUCGAAACCGCCGUCUCUUCGCAUCAAUACUGGUCGGUCGGUUUCUGGCACUACUGCAACUUCUUCACGUCUCGCCCACAACAGUGUUUCCUCUCCGAGCCAUUCCGAACUCAACCUCGAUUCUCACAACUUGAGUGUCAGUUUGACCGGCACUCUCGACUCACCCACAGGAAGCUUGGGCGGCGGCAGUGUCAUCGCUUCGCCCCAACAACAGUCUCAAUUAUCGCCUCUUCGCACAUCGCUCGACAUGGGCGUGUUCCCCCGUCUCCGCAAUCACUCCGAAUGGGACACGGCCGCGCGCGGCGAGAGCAUCCGCGCCGCACGCCGCAAGUUCGAGGAGCGCGAACGCGAGAAGGAAGAAAAGUAUGACCGCGAGAUGAUCCGCAAGCGCGAGCGCCGUGACAACAAGGAGGCUAGCCGCAUCGAGAAGGGCGAGACUCCGAGCCGGCCCUCGAUGCAUCGCAAGAAGACACCUACGGGGCUGUCGACCGUCUCCGAGCCAGGCCCGAAACCUACCAAGCCGAAACAAUCGGCUCCGCACUUCGGGUUCUCGGCUCCGGCCGGCCACAGCGGUGGCAUCGUGCUUGGGAUCGGAAAGCGGCGACACAGCGACUCGCCCACAACCACCGCCAAGAGCGAUAAGCAGAUGGGCUUUGCCGCCCGCCGGUACGAGAGCGUUUCGGUCAUGUCCCACACACCCCCUUCGUUUGGCGUGACGGCCGAUGAGGUGCGGUUCGAUCAGGCCCAGCCGCGCCGGGUCAGCAGUGCGAAACGGAAGACCCAGGGAUAUUGGCAGGGAUUCCUCCUCUGGCUGAGGACGAAGCUGCUCCGCAUGAGCACGCGGUAGACGGUCCUCUCCACGGCGCACUUACGUUCCGCUUGGGUUAAAAAACAGUACCAAGCGGCGAGGAGGACAACAGAACCCCUCACAUUCAACAUCACAGUUACCGACACAAACAUUCACCAUUCACACCCACC